AUGAAUCAAACCCCUGGAGAACAUAAGCCCUCCAGGAUCCUGGAUGCACAGCGACCCCACAGUAGGCAGAAUGAGGCCCUGUUCCCCGUGGGUCCCGUGACCCCCAGCCGCAGGUGGACGUUCAGAUGCUACAGCUAUUUCAGGAAGAGUCCCCAGGUGUGGUCGGAGCUCAGUGACCCCCUGGAGCUCCGGGUCUCAGGGGCAGCUGACCCCAUCAGAACAUCCCAGAACCAGUUGGCCCCCAAGAAAGGUGAACCGGAGCAAUUCUCAGCCAUGGGGCUGGGUCGAGGGUCCUAUCCUGAUUACACGGUGGGGAAUCUCAUCCGGAUGGGCGUGGCUGGUGUGGUCCUGGUGGUCCUCGGGGUGCUGCUGUUCCAGGCUCGACACAGCCCUGUAAACCGCCAAGGUGCAGCCAGGAGGCCCAUGCAGGAGAACAAGCCAAGGAUCCCGGGGGCAGAGCCUGGGAAGAUGAGCAUCCUGUACCUGGGGCCCUUCCUGCAUCCUGUACCCGGGGUCCUUCCUGCAUCCUGUGCCCGUGGUCCUUCCUACAUCCUGUACCCGUGGUCCUUCCUGCAUCCUGUACCCGGGGCCCUUCCUGCAUCCUGUGCCCGUGGCCCUUCCUGCAUCCUGUACCCGUGGCCCUUCCUGCAUCCUGUACCCGUGGUCCUUCCUGCAUCCUGUACCCGGGGCCCUUCCUGCAUCCUGUACCCGGGGCCCUUCCUGCAUCCUGUACCCGUGCUCAUCUGCCAUUCGGCCAAGGAGAAGGGAGCAAGCGGGGCGCUGGGGGCUGUUCCCUCCAGAGAGGCCCCUGGAGAGGAACCCAAGACGAGGCACAGGGAGUUGUCCUUGUCAGCACGCCCCGUGGACAUGGGGGGCAGCGCCUCAACCACGACCCUCGCUGCCCUUCUCUGCCUCGGGCUGUGUCGGGGCCCCCGGGACCGCGUGCAGGCGGGGACCCUCCCCAAGCCCUCCAUCUGAGCUGACCCAGGCCCCGUGGUUACCAACGGCAGCCCUGUGACCAUCCGCUGUCAGGGGCCUCGGCAGGCUGUCACGUACAGUCUGUAUAAAGAGAACUCCGGACGCUGGACCCUGGUAGCCCAGGAUGAGUUCAGGGACAAGGCCAGUUUCCCCGUCGGGCCCAUGAGCGCACACCGCGCAGGACGGUACCAGUGUGCGUUUCACGGCAGGAGCAACGGUUCAGAGUGGAGUGGCCCCCUGGCCCUGGUGGUGACAGGGGAGGGGAGGUGCCAGACCCUCCCCCCGGAGACCCCUCCCCCGGAGACACCCUCCCCUGGGGCCCCUCCCUCCGAAAUCCCUCCCCGGAGGCCACGAGUGUAAGACCCACCCUCCCUCUCAGCUGACCCAAGCCCUGUGGUGGCGUCAGGAGGGACCGUGUCCCUCAGGUGUAGGUCACAGUUCACAGGGGGCACUUUCCACCUGCUGAAGGAGGGAGGAGCUGACGCACCCCAACACGUGGUCCCGCUGUUCUCUGCUGGGGGGUGGCAGGCCCGCUUUCGCGUGGACCCCGUGACCACCUCCCGUGGCAGGACCUACAGAUGCUACAGCUCUCCCAUGGCUUACCCCUACGUGUGGUCACUCCCCAGCGGCCCUCUGACCCUGGAGGUCACAGGUGAGGGGAGGUUGGCUCAGCCCUGGCUAUUUCCUGACCCCAAAGUGACUGGCCCAUGGAGGCCUGGGUGGGGGAGGGCUGGGGACGCUGGCCCCCGGGGGCCAGAACCAUUGGAGAUCCGAGAAGGGAUUCCUCCAUCGUUCCUGUGUCCCCCCGAGGAACUUUGUUCUGAGGAGGAACUAAUGUUAUCCCAUCACAAACACGUCAGACUAAGGAGGGCAUCUCUAGCUGCACACCCCCUGGACUACACACCAGGGAACCUCAUCUGGUUGGGCAUCGCCACCUUCAUUCUGCUGGUCCUCGGGGUGCUGCUGGCCCAGGCCAGACACUGCUCGGACACGACCCAAGGCGAAGUUCUGGAAGGGGUUGGGGGAGAGGGUUAUGGGGGAAAAGUCCGAGUUCAGGCUGGGUGCCAAGACAGGGCACUCUUGCAAGAGGGUGAAGUUCCCAGGGUGUCAGUCAUCUCUGACGUGGCUUUCCCCCCAGGAGCCUGUCUGGUCCAGAGGACCUGGGCACCCAUGGGUGGACACCACAAGCCCUCCCUGUCAGCCUGUCAGAGCCCUGUGGUUCCCCUAGGAGGACACGUGACUCUGAAGUGUCAGUUUCCCCUUCCCUUUGCCACAUUCAAACUAUUCAGAAGAGAGGGGACCCGCAGCCGUGAGCUCCAGAGACGUCGUUCCAACAGCUUCACGAUAGACCUGGUGAGCGUGGCACACGCGGGGUUCUAUGCCUGUUCCGUGGCUCUCUGCCACAGCUGCAAGUGGUCAGCACAUAGCGACACCCUGCAGAUCGUGGUCACAGGUGUGCUCAGGCGUCCCUCCAUCUCGGCCCAGCCCAGCUCCCUUGUGCACGCAGGGGCGAGUGUGACCCUGUGCUGUCACUCACAGCUGAUUUUUGACACAUUUAUCCUGCACAGAGAGGGGGGCACACAGUAUUCUCAGCAACACCCCCUUACGCCUGCACGUGAGGAGACCUACAGAUGCUACGGCGCCCUCAGCCACGCCCCCCAGGAGUGGUCGGCCCCCAGUGACCCCAUGGAUGUCGUGGUCACAGGAAAACACGAGAAGCCGCAUCUCUCGGCCCUGCUGGGCACUGCGGUGUGGUCAGCAGGGAACGUGAUCUUGCUCUGCGGCUUCGAGAGCUCCUUUGACAUGUACCACCUGUGCAGGGCUGGGCAGGCCUGCCCACGCCGGCUGGCUGCAGGGCAGAGCCACAGCGGGGCCUCUCAGGCCGCCUUCCCCCUGGGCCCCGGGACCCCAGCCCAGGAAGGGGCCUACACGUGCUACGGCUCUUUCAACCACUCCCCCCAUGAGUGGUCAGUCCCGAGUGACCCAGUGCACCUCUCUGUCCCAGGUGAGGAAUCCCGAACCUGCCCCGUGUCUCCAAUACACUAGACCACGGAGCUCUAUCUGAAGGGCGCCCUGAUGGUGACAGGGGAUCCGGGGCUUCUGGAGAAACAGAAGCAGUGAGAAAUACAGAGAGGCUGGGACACAGGCCCCUGCACGCCCCCCACCCUUCCUGGGUGGAAGCCCACACUGGGGGCCUCUGGGUCCAGGUGAACGAAGAAAAAGGCCAGGGCAGACCCAGGAGGUCCUCGCUCCUUAGGCCACACUCAGGCUGGAGACCAGCAGCAGCGGCAGCCCCUCACCCCCACUCGCUUCCCAGAGGCGCUCCUGACGCACAGGCAGACCACAGAUGAGGAGCUUAGAUACUUAUCAUCGCAGGGAGGCAUAUCCCGGGAGGAAGUCACACACCCAGGCACUCAGGCAGAGGGACCAGAACCGCCAUCAGCCCUUAGGGCAUGACAGAGCUGGGGUGUGG